GUAAACGGCUACUCAAUUCAUUCGCAUACAUAUUAGAAAUCUUUAGAGAAUAAUGAUGUCUGAACAUAAAGCAGUAGUGAAAAAUGCCGAUAUGUCAGAUGAUAUGCAACAAGAGGCUGUUGAUUGUGCUGCACAAGCUUUAGAGAAAUAUAGUGUGGAAAAAGAUAUAGCAGCAUUCAUUAAGAAAGAAUUUGACAGGAAAUACAAUCCUACAUGGCAUUGUAUUGUUGGGAGAAAUUUCGGAAGUUAUGUGACGCAUGAAACGAAACAUUUCAUCUACUUUUAUAUGGGCAAUGUUGCAAUUCUUCUAUUCAAAUCCGGUUAAUUUGGA